GCAGUGAAGUUAGAGUUAUCGAGAGAACGUUUGCACACAGUUUUACAAGACCAUCACCCUUGCCUCGGAGUCGGCCUGAGUUCUGAGUUCCUGGCUAUCAAGGCAAGAGCGGCGCAGGCUGCAAUGUCGGUCGGGUUGACGUGAGAGAAAGUUCAUCCUUGCCUAAACAAAACCUUGCACCUGGCCGGCAUCACCUGAUCACGGCAUACCCAGGAAAGCACCGUAAGCGGAUAUUACAUGUUUCCUUCACGAAAUGGCUACUAAGGAGAAGAGCAAGGAGAAUGAGCAGCUGCUGCAGCUGCUGCGCAAGGCCGACCUGGAAGCGUUCUCUGAGCCGUUGAGGCAGAUCGGCGUACAGCGAGUUGCCCAUCUGCAGGACAUGCGUCCCGCCGACUUCACCGAGGUGGGGAUGAGCCAUCUAGAGCAGACCAGGCUGAAGCGUCACAUGAAGGAGGAGAAGGGAUGGAAGUGGUCAAGACUCAGCGAGAAGGUCCUGAAGAAGCCCAGCGGUACCAGUGACAAAGUCAGCGGAGGAGCGGCGGAGAAGCGCACUUCAGGUGGAGUGCCAUCACCAUUGGCAAGUGUACGCAAUCGGAAUCACGAGCACAGCGCACUGAACGCCCUCGCAGCCUGGAAGCCACAAAAGCCGAGCUGGACGAUAGCUAGUAACUGCGCUUUCCGCGAGCGUCAUCGCCAUGGCCCAGUUGAUAGGGCUGGUAGCGUGUAUGAAGGCCUUCAUCGCGUCUCACACGGGGAGGAGAGGCAAGUAUAUUUGUUGCAGCUGGAGCAGUCCAGGAUCGAAGGACGAGAGUUCCGCAAGGAAAUGGCGCUGCUUCACGGCCUCGAGCACCCGAAUGUCAUGCGGUUUCACGGCGUUGUAUUUGACCAGCCUCCGUAUUUGGUGGUGGACAUGUGUCACCGAGGAACUCUCUCCGAGGAGCUGGUGCUGCGAGGCUCGGCAUUCCUGCUCAUGGAUCUGAUGCAGCUGGCAGGGCAGGUCGCCGAGGGCAUGAAGUACCUGGAAAGCAAAGGACUCGUGCACGGAGAGCUGAAGGGCUCCAAUGUCCUGAUGAAAUCAGCCAAGCAGUGUCAAGUGGCAAACUUUGCGCUGGCACAGCCGAUGGCUUCUUUCUACCACGGUGAAUAUGAUGACUACUCCCACCCAGCCGCUUCAUCGUACAAAUGGCAUGCUCCAGAGGUUAUCAAGUCCAACCAGUACACGCAUGCAGGUGAUGUCUGGAGUUACGGUUGCCUGCUUUGGGAGAUGACAUCGCACGGGGAAUCCCCUUGGCUCGGACUCAAUGCCGUACAGGUGGUGGCAGAGACAGACUUUCCGUGUCGGCGGCGACUGUCUAGACCUCGCCACUGUCCAAUCGACCUGUUUGCACUGAUGCACAAGUGCUGGUCACACGAGCCCAAGGACAGGCCGUUGUUUGCCGCCAUUGACACGCUGACCAAGCAGUGCACGCCCAGACAGCUGAUAGCCUGUGAGACUAUUGAACACUGCGGCGAUAGGCAGUUACCUAUUGAAGCCGGUGGACUGGUGACUGUUGUGGAAAGUGAUCCGAAGUCUGACGUGUGGUUUGGACAGAACACCAAUGGGCAGUUUGGCGAGUUUUCACCCAGUUGUAUGACGUGCAGUGAUGAUAUCGUCAACGGUCAGCGGAACAGCUAUUUGGCGCAGGACGCUGGGUCCAAACGCUCCUCUAGAUCGUCUACAGUUGGAGAUCCCAACAUCAGCCAGCCGUAUGAUGUCAAGAAGCUACCUGUGGAACCCGAUGUGCAACGACUAAUCGAAGAGCUGACUGGCAUGAAAGUGUCUCGGUCAGACCAGGUCAAUGACCUUGCCAUCUCAGCACCAGACAGAUCAGGCGGACAAGGCAGCCCGCAUCGGUCACUUACAACGACCGCGUCAACACCGACCAGCAUAACGUCGUCAUCCAGCCGACAUCGCGUCAUCUCCAACCGACAGCCGAAGCCGACGUCCAGAUCGUACACGCCAGAGCUGGGAUCGUCCAUCGGCGUUGCCGCCACCACGUCCAAGCAGAUUUCAGACAUGUACCUGGCACAGAUGGCGCUGACGGGGGGCAGUCAUGACUCGUCGGCUCAGCAAAGCGUUCCCAGCAGUCCGGUGACGAUAGUUCAGCGUAGCGCACUGUCACGGCGCAUCACCGACCCGGUCAUGGCCAAGCCGAACAUACCCGCAUCGGUGUUCCGCUUUCCGGACGUUGGUUCCGGCGGUCGGCACACACCGACGUCGCAACACGACGAACGGCCGACAGUCGUCGAAGUGUACGAGAGCGAGGAGGCUAUAUACGACGUGCCUAGAAAUCGCCAUCACAGCAGCAAUGGCGCCGACUACGAGGACAUAACCGCCCCGUCCCUGUCAGCGUCGGUACAGGGCGAUACUAGUAGCGGUCUGUUGGAUUCAGAUUCGGGGUACAGCCCAAGCUGUGUGGACUCUCCGCUUGGUGAAGCAGCCCGCCAGAAAGCCUCGCAGCCAAUAACCGACAUGGCUGCAACCCAGGAAAGACAGACGUCGGACAUGCAACUGCCAGUCUCGGCUGGAGCCAGCAAUUUUCUCCGCUUGCCGCCCAGUGGUCGGGAGAAAGAGCCGCACUAUCGCUCCCCGCGUGUCACUCCAGUGUCCGGCAACAAGCGAGUUCGAACGCCAAGUCUCCAGGGAUCAUCACCGCGUCAGAGUGUGCAGUCCGACAUUCAAGAAGCCCGUGGAUCUCCAGCGGGGGACAGCCGUCACUCUCGAGCAGCCAGCGAAACGAGCCAGCAAGGAUCGGAGGCGGCCAUUACGCCAGAGGAGGCAGGCUAUCGCCGACCAUCCGUUGGCAAACGGCCUCCGCCCGUGCCCGUUCGUGAUCCUGAAACCGCUCUAUCCAGGCCGGCACUGGAGCGAGCUGCCUCCGGGAACACGUUUGUCAAGCCGAGCACGUCGUCCAGCGACUGCGAUAGUCCAGUUCCGGUCAUUCAGGUUCACGAGCCACGCGCCGAGAGCACCAACUCGGAGUACAGCGGUGGCAGGACGGGCUCCGUCAGCAGCUCCAGCACUCUAUCGCCCCCGCCACAGCAGCCCACCAUGGAGCGCAUACAGCGCGGCUGGCAGCGCAUCUGCAAGCGCCAGAAGCUCAUCACCAGCCGGCACAACCUGAGAGCCAGCGAGCGGCAGUACCGACCGGCGGCAGCCACAGCAGCCGUCAUGCAGGUCACAGAGCCGCUUCAGCACGCGCCGCUCUCCAGGCAGAAGUCCAAUCCGAUGAUGCGGCUCAACGUUGUGGACACGAUUCCUCCGGCAUACGAGAACACAUUCCCAAUGUCCACUCUACAGCGUGCAAAGUCAACGCCUAACUUUUUCGAGCUGGACCUCGACUGAUAGGGCUCUACUUGCGUGGCUGAGAAUGCCAUCACACACUCUGUUCUGUAGGAAUUCAAUAUGCUUCUCUGCCCCAGCCGAUGGUGAACUGGAUGUUAAAAAACACUUGUCAAGAUCAGCCCAAUUGAUAUGUUUAUUCGCACAGAUUUUCCGUGCACACUUCAUGGCGGGGCUGCAUUACUUUUAAAGCGUGUUGAGCACAUGCGCCCUGAACACAUGCGCCCUGAACACAUGCGCCCUGAACACAUGCGCCCUGAACACAUGCGCCCUGAGCACAUGCGCCCUGAACACAUGCGCCCUGAGCACAUGCGCCCUGAACACAAAGUUGAGGUAUAUAUUUUAUCUUGUGUCCCGAAUGAGCACAUGCAUGCACACGCUGGAACGCAUACGCUGGAAUGCAUACGCUGGAACGCAUACGCUGGCACACACGCGCACACACACACACAGUGCACACAUACUCUUUUCUUCCACGUGCAGGAAUCAAGAAGAGUCUGAAUGUUGGCG